AUAAAUUCCUUUUAUUAUAUCAAGCACUGACAUUUGUUUUUAUUUCUCCAGCAUUGGCAAAAUGUUAUUCUGCUUCUGACAACUAGAUCCUUGAUCACCUCUAGGACUCAGAGACAUUUAUUUUAGCUUAACAUACCAGUAGCACUUUAUCUUUUUAGUAUUGUUAUGGUCCUUAUCCGACAUAAUAUUUUGAAAUCUUUGGUACAUAUGUACAUCCAACACGUGCAUUGAUGUGCUAUUUUAUAUUCACAGUAAAUAAAUGCAUCAUCCGCAAGUAUUGAUAUGCUGUUCUUCACUCAAAUCUACUUACUAAUUUGGAAAAAUUUUACAUUACACCUUCGCAAUCCAUGGAUAGCUCUUGGGGAGAUACUCCUCCCAUCACUCUUUGCCAUGAUUCUUUUGCUGUUGAAGCACACCUCCAAGCUUACACACAAAGAGUCAACAAUAUACAACACCGAGGUUCUGAUGUGGCCCAACUUCACAGUUCGGCUAGGUUACAUACCACUCAGUUCCACUGCCAGAAAAAUUACAGAAUGGGUUUUGGAAACAGAGCUACAGAAUCUUAUGAUGAUGGCCCAGGCCAGAGAAGAUUUGAAUUUGAAUGCAACCAGAAUGUACAAAAAAGGUGAAGCGAUUGGGUUUAAAGACUUUGAUGAGGGCUUUCGAUAUUUUAGAAAGAGAACCUCUGUACUGACAUUUAUCAUUGAAUUUCAUGGCAUCAAUGAAACAACUACUGAACUGCCUAGAGAUCAGACAGUGAUCAUUCAUCCAUACCGAAAGGCCCUCAACACUUGGUCCACUGAGAGAACACAUAUGUUUGAAUUCCAAGAAGGACCAAGACCAAAUCUCAUAAUGGAUUAUCAGAUGGCAUACAUUCAGUCCCUGGUGUGUAAGGGCAUUCUGGCACACUGGUUGGCCCUGGAGAACAAAGACACGCAGGCAGCCAAUUUCCCACUGUACAUUAAACGUUUCCCUCACAAAGAUUACUAUGAAGAUGGUAUGUUCUUUACAGUCAAGUUGCAGCUCACCCUAUUCAUGGUCCUUGGAUUUAUGAUGAGCGUCUUUGUUGACACAAAAAAUAUCGUCCAUGAAAAGGAAGAAAGAAUCAAGGAAACAAUGAAAUUGAUGGGAAUGGGUUUGCCAGCAUUUUGGAUUUCCUGGUUCAUUACCUGUCUGAUGUAUCUGGUCCCAGCAUUCAUCUUUUAUGCAGUCAUUUUGGGAAUGGACAUCACUGGCAAAGGACCUAUCCUACAGAAGAGUGACAUCACUCUAGUCUUGGCAAUUAUCCUCUGCUACUGCCUGGCGAUCAUCACCUUUUCCUUCAUGAUCAGUUGCCUGGUGCAGAAAGGCAAUGAUGGAGCUAUUGCUGCUGGACUGCUCUUCCUUUGUGAAUAUGUUCCCUAUGAGAUCAUCAGUCACAAGUACAGUGACUUCACAAAAGUCUCCAAAUCUUUCUUCUGUCUGUUCUUCAAUAUUGCCCUCGGCCUGUGUAACUACAACUUGGCUCGAAGGGAAGCAAGAGGUGAAGGUUUGCAGUGGAACAACUAUCAGCUCCCUAUAGGAGAUGAUGACUUCACAGUUAAAGACAGCAUGUUGAUUAUGUUACUAGACUCAGCCAUACAUAUAGUGCUGACUUGGUAUCUAGACAAUGUUUUCCCAGGAGACUUUGGAGUACCUAAACCACCUUUUUUCUUUUUUAAGAAAUCCUACUGGGGACUCCACACACACAUCCAUGACAUGGCACAUUUAGAUAAAACUGUGGAACUGGAUUCCAAGUUUUAUGAAGAUGAACCUGCGAAUCUGAACGCUGGUGUUAGAAUUGUCAAUUUAAGAAAGGAAUUUGGAGACAAAGUGUCAGUCCGAGAUCUGUGCCUUAACAUGUACGAGGGACAGAUUACUGUUUUGUUAGGACACAAUGGAGCAGGGAAGACAACCACAAUGAAUAUGUUAACAGGAUUCAUCCCACCCACCAAAGGGACAGCAUUCAUCAAUGGCUAUGACAUAUGUAAAAACAUAGUUGCGGUGCGCAAGAGCUUAGGGAUGUGUCCACAGCAUGACAUUUUGUUUGAUAACUUGACCUGUAAGGAACACCUGUGGUUUUUCUCAAAAAUGAAGGGUUACCAGUCAGAGAACCUGCUUCAUGAAGUCAAAGACAUGAUCAAAGAGAUUGGCCUGGAAAGUAAGAGCCAUGUGGUCAGUAGGAAGCUCUCUGCUGGAGAAAAGAGAAGUCUCUCUGUGGGCAUUGCUCUCAUGGGCGACUCCAAAGUAGUAUUUCUAGAUGAACCAUCAUCUGGAAUGGAUCCUUCCACGCGAAGGCACACCUGGGAUGUGCUACAGAGAAACAGACCCGGGCGGACAAUGCUGCUCAGCACACACUACAUGGACGAAGCGGAUGCCCUUGGAGACCGGAUAGCCAUCAUGGCAGAGGGCCACACUCAGUGCUGUGGGACACCCCUGUUUUUAAAGAAACUUUAUGGGACAGGAUAUCAUCUUGUGAUUAUAAAGGAGAAUACCUGUAACAUCGAGACCUUGACCCGCUUCAUCAAAGAGUUUGUCCCCUUCACCCAGAUAGAGUCCAUUAUCAACAUGGAAAUCACAUACUUACUGCCGGAGUCAGACACAUCUACCUUCCCUCUUCUCUUCAGGGAGCUCAACGCCAGCAAGAAGCUUUUGCAUAUCAUUAGCUUCGGAACAAGUGCGACAACAAUGGAGGAGGUUUUCUUAAAGUCAGAAGAAGACAACAAACAUAGUAUAGAAUCGACCUCUGUGACCAGAUCUAUCAGCAAAACUACAUCUUUUAAAUCUGUGGAUGAGGAUGUCAAUUUAUUAGAAUUCAAUUCUGGGUUUCAGCUGAUAAAAGGUCUCAGCCUGAAGAUGAACCAGUUGACAGCUUUGAUCGCCAAGCGCUACAUUGUGUCUAAGAAGCACUGGCUGACCACGCUCGUCUCCUACUGUCUCCCGUCCAGCAUGUUUCUUCUGUACAUACUGUUUGACUACUCCAUCAUCAGUGUGAACAGGAAGGACGACCCCCUUUUGAUGUUUAACCUGAGCAUGUACGGGGACACGUCUGUACCCAUAGUGUACGACAAUGCUUCAAGGAAGCUGAUUCAAGUGUACAAAAGCAUGCUGGGGAAUGCCAAGGUGAUUGAUUUGACAGAAUUGAAGGACACUACAUUAGAUAACUUCCUCUUGAAAAAUGUUUACGACAUUGGUCCAGUCAACUUUGAGAAAGAGUUUGUGGUUGGGGUCAACUUCAGUUAUGAUGCGACUCUAAAGACCAUUACUCCGGUAGCUCUGUUCAACGGUCAACCUUAUCAUUCUUUGUUCGUUUCAGUUGACCUGGUGAUUAAGACCAUGGUCCAUGUUUUACUAGACAAAACAUAUAACAUCACAGUGGGUAUACUGCCCAUACCAUUCAAAGGGGAAUCAGAACUGGAAUACGCCAUGUUUGAAAGCUUCCGGUCAGGGUUCUUUGCAGGAAUGUUUGCUGGGAUAGGAAUGGCCAUGUACUCUGCCUGUGUAGUUCACUUCAUACUAAGAGAAAGGGAGUCUGGAGUGAAACACAUGCAGGCCAUCUUUGGUGUCAGCAUGUUCAUGUAUUGGUUCCCCACCUUCCUGUGGGAUGCCCUCAGCUUCAUCAUACCCACCAUCUUCUUGUUUAUCAUCUUCUUCUUGUUUGACCAGCAAGCCUUCUUCUAUGGGAUCAACUGGAUUCUGGUCAUCAUUGUCAUCUGCGCCUUCAUCUGGGCCAUACUGCCUAUCAUCUAUGCACUCCAGUUCUGUUUUGAGGCUCCGUCUUCAGGGCUGGCUGGAGUUCUCAUUUUGAACUUAUUGUCAGUUCUGUUCAGUGAUGUGAUAGUGUUUGAGUUUGGCAAGCCCAGGUCUGACAACAAUCACAUUGGCAAGGCCUUAAAGUUUGUCUUCACUGUGUUCUUCCCUUGUUUCAACCUGUCCCAGUGUUUCAGCUUCAUCUUAAAGAACUUCAAGGCAGAGAUGGAGUGCGAGCCAUACCAAGAGGACUGCAUGCUGGGAAUACCAUCUCUGUGCUGUAUCAAACAUCCCGAUUUGUGCUACUCAUUGAAUCCAGACGGCAAGUGUUUCCCAUGGACAGAGACCCCACUAGCUUUUGAUCAUGAUAGAGGCAUUGGCAUUUACCUUGUGUUCAUGAUUGUACAAGGUUUCUUAGGCUGUAUAGCUGUGUUUGUCAUAGAGUGUGGCUUUAUCACUAAAAUUUAUUUCAUGAUGUGCAAGAAACAUCCCAAAGGUAACCCAACAGAAAGUCCUGACCUGGCAGAUGAGGAAGAUGAUGUUGUGGCAGAAAGAAAUCUGAUCCUUUCAUCACCCAUUGAAAAACUUUCACAGCAAUUUCCUGUGAUACUGGUAGAAGUACAUAAGAGGUAUGCAGACUUCAAUGCAGUUGACCACAUCACAGUUGGAGUGCCUGAGAAGGAAUGUUUCGGACUUCUUGGGCAGAGUGGGGCAGGCAAGACUACAAUUUUCAGAAUGCUGACAGGGGAGACAGCUGUCACAGGAGGAGAUGCCUAUGUAAAAGGUUUUGAUGUCCGCACAGACCUCCGCACAGUUCAAUCAUUAUUAGGCUACUGCCCUCAGUUUGAUGCUCACAUUGAAGAGCUAAGUGCCAGAGACACACUAAUCAUGUACGCCCGGCUCCGAGGUAUCCCAGAGAAAAACAUUCAUACUGUGGUGGAAAACCUCAUUGAUGUAGUCCUUCUAAAACCACAUGCAGACAACAUGUGUGGGACAUACAGUGGUGGCAAUAAGAGAAAGCUAAGCCUGGCAAUGGCUCUAGUGGGUGAUCCACCUUGCAUACUUCUGGAUGAGCCUUCAACUGGAAUGGACCCUAAAGCCAGGCGGCAGAUGUGGAAUAUUUUGUCAAAAAUACGUGCCUGUGGUCGAACCAUUAUUUUUUCAUCCCACAGCAUGGAGGAGUGUGAUGCCUUGUGCACCAGGUUGGCCAUCAUGUUGAGAGGCCGCUUCACCUGUAUUGGCAGCCCGCAGCAUCUCAAAAGCAAGUUUGGGCAAGGCUACACUCUGAUCAUCAAGAUGGGCCACCUCCCUGAAGGGCCCCAGGCUCCAACAGAUCCAGUGGUGGAGUAUAUUCAAAGUUUAGUCCCAGACACAACAGUGUUUGAUGAUCACCAAGGCUACGUCCACCUCCAGAUAAAUGACACCAGCAUAGAAGUGGCUGAUGUCUUCUCCCUGAUGGAACAGUGCAAGGACAGUUACUUUGUCCAGGACUACUCUGUCCAUGAGACCACACUGGAGCAGAUCUUCUUGACCUUUACCAAGUUGCAGAAGUUGGAUGACGAGGAACGCAUUGAAUCUUGUCUCUUUUUGAGGGCUGGAUUUUUCAAUGAAAACCUAUGCUACUAGAUUGACAGAAGUGUUUUUUUAGGACAUGACUUAGUUGUCAAGUGGAUAAGUUUGUUAUCAUACUCACAUUAACAUCCUCAUAAUCUGAUGGCUAUAGGAUUUAGGAUUCCUGUUUAACCUCAUUGAUCUUAAGUCUGACCCUCUGAGGCCUAUUUUUAAAAAUUCUUUUUAUAUAGCCUAUCAUUCAUGCUAUAAUCUUGCUUAGUGCACUUUGGCCCAAUCUCUUUUUUUUUUAACCCAUGGGGAGGGGGGUAUUGGUUGAAGGUUUCUGUGCUGCCUUUAGGCACAUAGCUCAACUCAACUCAAGUCGGGAUUUGAACUCAAGCUCAUUGAUAGGCAGCCUAGCAGUUUAUGCCAUGCAACAAUAUAAAUCCCACAGAGCAUCUUUAUAAGAAAAUCUGUUUUACCCAUCAAAUUACAGUUGACUCUUGAUAAUUUAAUAAUCCAACACAUCUAGUAAUCUGGCUCAGAGUCCAAGUAAAUUCAUGUCAUUAAUGUAAACUGUAUUAUAUAUAUUUUUUUUAGUCUCUAGGUAGGCUUUAGUUGUAAUUUUCUACAGUAUAGGAAAUCUAUGUUUUGCAUUUUUAGAUCAAUAAUUUCUUUUUUUUUUCAUUUUCAACUCUUGUUUAUUUUAUAUGCUUGGAAGUCUAAGAGAAAAUCAUAUUGUAUCAUAAAUAGAAUUUUUUUGACACAUUCAUUUAAAUUCAUUGAAGAAUAGCUAACCUUUGGUUAUCUGACUUUUUGGGCCAUCCGACAAACUUCUGGUCUUGUGACAGUCACACUUUCAAGAGUCUUUAUAGUCAACAGUAUUGCAAUCUAAUAAAAGCUAGACAUCAAUACAUGCUGUGUAGCAUGCUUUUUUUUUGUCACCACACUCUAAAAUGUGCUAGACUUGUGGUAGGGUAGUGGUGCAUACCUGGAGAAAUAUUGCUAUCCUCUGCUUAAAAGAUCAACUUAAUAUGCUUUUAAUUAGAUAGAGCAUAUCUCAAUGGCCUGACUUUGACCUGUGAUUCACAUGUAGCAUGGAUAUUCUGAUUGCAAGUUAACUUAUAAAUGAAUAUAUUGAUAUAAAUUUGGUUGAAUAAAUGUUAGCUUUAUGUUUACACUAAGAGCAAAAAAAACAACUUUUUGCUUUAACUGUGAUAUUGUGUGACAAGAAUUGGUUUGUUAAAUUAUUUUUGAGUAUGCUCUUGAUGUACGGCAGCAAGGCUCAAAAUAGUUUCUAUUAUUACAUAAGCUGUUCUUCAUAAUCAUUUCUUCCAUUUUAUUCUUGGAUAUAUUACCUUAGCACUAUUUCUAAUACAGCUUAGGCCAAAUUUCGGCAUGAAACUUCCCAUGUGUGUGUUUUCAUUUGUAAAUUCAUUAAAUUUCAUGGAUAAUGCUGUGAUACUCAAACAAAUCUUGUCAGUUACAGACAGUACUUUAAAAGAGAAGAUGAUUAUGUCCUACACAAGUUCCUGUGUCGAUCUAGUCAUGCAUGUUGAUCAGUGACUUGAACUCUGCCAAGUCGUUGGUUUUCCUGGCUGAAUCAAGCAACCCAUUCUAUGCUCUAGCACUAGUUGCAUUUAUAGAAAUAUGUCCUAGCAUAUGCUAAGAAGAUCACCACCUUUCCAUGCUUUAUUGUGUCUUUUAUUGUGUAAAUAUGAAUACAUUCCAUUUUUAGAUAGACAGUCCAUUAUAUAAGAUAAUGUAUGACCUUUUUUUUGUCUGUUUCAGUGCCAUGUAAAUAUUAGUUCAUAUUUCUAUUAUUCAGUUUCAUGAUAACUUGAAACAUUGUUUCAAAUUUUUUUAAAAAUUAUAAGUUUGUUAUUAUGACAGUAUGCUAGACUCAUUGUGCAAAUGUCUUUGAAUGUGUGCAUAAAUGUCUAGGCUAUGUAUGUCUGAUUAGAUUUCUGCUUACCCAUACCUGACUAUUAACAUAGUCAUACUUCUGAUUAGUUUUAAGUCUAGGACAUUCGAAGCCAAAUUUCGAGUAACUUUGUAGUAACUGGAUUGUUUCAGUGGAAUCUUGAUACACCCUUCAGAUUGAUUUGAAAAGUUUAAGUUAUAAUAAUAUUACACAAACUAUUAAAGCAGAUUUGAAUGAUGGUGAUGCAAGAAGGUGGUGUGCUACGCAGGGGAUUGUAUUUGAACAUAGCUAUGAUUAUAAGAUGCUACAGUAUUAGUUUGACAUGUAUGAUAGACAAGCAACUCUACUCAUCUCGGUUAUGCAUACUUUGAUUUUUAAAAAUCUUUGAUAUAUGUUUAUAAAUAGAAGAUGAUUGAACAAGUAGAUCUUCAUUAGAAUGAUAUGAUUUUUGUUCUAAAAUUAUUUCUUUUUCACCUGUUUGAUAGUCUUUUUGGACUGGACAUUUGGGGCACUAGAGAGGUGACCAGUUUCCUCAACUCCUUUUUGUUUUCCACUUUUUUAUCAUUUUUUUCUCUGAAGCACUAUAUUCUCUGGUAUUGUAAGAAUGUAUUUUCAAGUCCUUAUGAUCUAGUAAUACGGCUGUGCCACAACAUUUAGACUGCGGACCUUUAUACCUAAUAGAUUCUUAUGCGGAAUCUAUUUAAAGGUGUUUAAAUACUAGCAAAGAUGUUAAAUAAAAAUAUCUCUUCUUCAAUGAAAUUAAAAUAGAAAUACAACAAACUCAAUGCAUAUCAUAUAGAGACCAUAUUUAUUAAGUAUAUUUUUUUAAAAUAUAUUUUACAGAUUCAAUGUGUAUAUAUGACACGUGUCAGAGCCUAAUUUAAAGACAUUAAGAUGGCCACAUCUUGCCCAGUGGUUUGUUGUUUCAUAUGGCCAUUCACUUCCUCCAUCUCCAGCACACGUUUGGCUGACCACUUUUUGUUCCCAGGCCCCACCCACCAUGGCUUUGACUUCAAAGUAUCCAUCGUCUGUUCUUGCACAAUCCAUGUCCACAUCAACAAUCCAGUAUCCAGGUCCAAAUCUAAAACAAAACCAAUUUACAAGGUGCUCGUUUUUAAAUAUGUUUGUCAUUGAAUGCUAAUUUAUUGACUGUCUGGAAAAAUCUCAAAAUGUGAUUGGGACUAAAGUUAAAGUUUGCAGGGCAAAUGUUGUAGAGGUGACGUGUUUCUGUGGCAAACUGUAAGGGUAUCACAUGAUCAGAACGUUGAUUAUUGCUCUCCUUCUGUAUUGAAUCAGUCUGCUACCAACAUGCAUUCCAUCAUGCGUUCCAUCAUGCUUUUUUGUAUUCCAAGACUCUGCCACCAUGCAUUCUACAACUCUGCAAGGUUUGUGGUACGCACUUCAGACUGUCAUCUCAAUGGUUCAAAUCCUGCCUGCUGCUGUCCUGUAGGAAGUUUUGAGCUGGGAAAUAAUUAUCUUUUUUUAUUUCUUAAGUAAUGUUGAUACAAUGAAGCCCCCCCCAAACUUCCUGUUGGUCAGAUUUCCGUGUUUGUUAAUAUGAGCCCCUUACUAUAUGAAUAACUUUUAGUAUUUGGUAUUACAUCCUGAAACAUUUUGUAAUAAUAGUUUUUGCUCAUGAUUGAACUGUAUAUUAGUAAAAUAUUAUUGAUUUCAUCUUUGAGUAUAUAUUUUAAAAUUCAUUAGGUCCACAAGUAUAUAAUGUCAAAAUGAGGCUUAUAUUAAGAAAUCUUGACACUAACCUAUUGAAUGGGUUGUAGCCUUGAUCUUCAGGCUUGUUGCUGGUCAAUACUGCUGGUGUCCCAUAAGGCCUCUGGUGAUUGUAUUCCCCUUGGUACAACUCUGUACCAUACCAAUCCAAGAAAUCAUCUCCCUUUGACCAUAUGUUAAACUGGAACACAAUAAAAAUAGCUGGUUUAUUUUAUUAUAUGAUUGGGUUUUUUUUAAUUUUGAAAAUGUUUUGUGGAAUGUGUUGUUUAAAAUUAAAUGUGUUUUAUAAACAAAAUAAAUUUGAUAUUGAAAUUA